AUACAAGACAUGGGCGCAGCCAUAUUUAAAACCUGCAUUUCCGUUUCCGGUUAUCCAUAGCAACGUUUACAUACAGGACUGGUGAAAGAUGGCUGAGCCACCAACAAUAUCAGAUGAUACACCUAGGGAAGGGGAUGAGGGUUCAGCAGAUGAUGCCAAAAGUCAGAAGAGUGGACCAAAGAGUCAAACUGGCUCCAAGCCAAAUUCAAGAGUAGGGUCUGCUCAGUCAAAAAAGAGUGGAAAGAGUGCAGGGGGUGAUAAGAAAAGUGGUCCACCAUCACCCACUGGUUCUGCUAAGGAUAAUCCAGCAGCUGAUUGGAGAAACAUGCGCCGCAUCAUUGCUGAAGAUCCAGAAUGGUCAUUGGCCACAGUUCCAUUGCUAGUGGAAAUAACGCUAAAAAAUAUCAUAGAAGAUUUUGAAAAUAAUUCCUCGAUUUUGAACAGUCUCCUUGCAAAACAUAAAACCAAAGUGCUAGAGAAAAUAUCCACCGACAUUCCACUUAAGAUAACAGCUAACUUGGUGGAGGACGAGGGAUACUGGAAACGCUGUUGCAAGGCACGCUGGGAAAUAUGUGAUGUAAGUGCAUUUGGUGGUAGCUGGAAACAAAUGUACUUUGAGAGAAAUCUACAGGAAAUAAUUGAACAAUUUGUACCUGAAACAACAGACCAGACACGUUUGAAUGAGACCUUACCAUUAUCUGCUAAUUACAUAAAGAAAAUAGACAUUAGACAAUUGCUUCCUCCAGUAAGGGAAGCCCCUAAAGGACCAGAUUUUGAUGAUGCCUCAGAUGCUGGCAGUGAUGCUGGUGAUGAACCUGAAUGUGAUCAUUUCAACUUUGGUCCAGUUCUGAAACAACUCCCAAAUCUAGAAGAAUUACAUCUUACGUAUGGUGUAAAAGACUGUGGUAUGAACUUUGAAUGGACUCUUUUUCAGUUCACUGCCAGAGAUUGUUUACAGUUAGCCCAAUGUGUUGCAGCAUGCAAACAUCUCAAAGUGUUUAGACUCCAUAGAAGUAAGGUAGAUGAUGAUAAAGUAAGAGUGUUAAUCAGUCAUAUCCUUGAUCACCCAGGCCUCACAGAGCUCGACUUGUCACACAACUGUAUAGGAGACAGGGGAGCUCGUGCAGUAGGCAAGUUCCUCAAUAAUCACAGCCAGCUGGUGAAAUUGAAUUUGUGUGACAACCAGGUGAGGUCGACAGGGGCCCAGGCAAUUGCUCAUGCUCUCACCAAGAACACAACACUGCUUCAUUUGAAUCUUAGAUUAAACAGGCUGGGUGAUGAAGGUGGUCAGGCAAUUGGAAGAGCUUUACUGAAGAACUCUACACUGAGGGAGAUCAAUCUUGGCAGUAACGAGCUAGCAGAACCAACGGCAGCUAUUUUAUCACAAGUGGUAAUACAAAACAUGACAUUAAAGUCUAUAGAUCUGUCAUGUAACAGACUUGGUCCUGAUGGUGGUAAACAGUUACAGGAAGGUAUGGAGGAGAAUUCCACUAUCACAACCAUGGACCUCCGUCUUACAGAAUGCGGCCAGGAAUCAGAGUACUGUAUCAACCAGCGCUUGCAUUCAAACCAGGAGAAGGAGCGUGAGAGUCAGAUCAAAGACCAACCAAUCCUCUCAAAGAAGAUUAAGCCUCAGGCUGCUCACAGAUUCAAACCUAAACAGAAGGCUUAAAACUCUAGCAUUUUUAUGUUCAUUGACAAGUGAAAAUUGAAAAAUAAACUAUUUGAGAAUUAUAAUUAUGUAGAUAUUUAAAUAUCUUGAUGCAUCAUUAAAAGUGUAUUGAAAAAGA